AUGUUUAAGCUACACGCAUUAACUGAUCGGUGUAUAGUCAGUCAACACAUGCUAGAAGAGCAGCUUUACGUGCUAUUGUGUUGUCUCUCGGUGAGGAGGGAUGUUUCAGCUAUUCAGAAACUAAUAACUGGUUGGAAUUGCCUGAGCUUAGGUGAGAUCUUGAGUGUGAUUUGCGUGCUAUGGCCGGAGCUGGCGAAGCCUACAGAAUUUCGCAAAAUACUAGAGUUUGCAUCUCAGGAUAAACAUGAUGAUACAGGCUCGCCUGAGUCAUUGAUUAAAGCAGAUGAAGAGCUCAUCUCAAUAGUCGAAAUGGACCCAGACAUGCUGCGAAAAAGAAGGGACUUGCUGCGGGCUUUGGUCAAUUCGAGAUUAGAGAAGCUGGAUUUAACAAUUAGUGAUUCUGACUGGCGUUUUACAUUUCUGAGGGCAAGGGUGCAUGUUUGCAAUCUUGUGGUAACUGACGCUCUGUUCUACAAACCAUUAUGGACGCAGCUUACGGGAAAUGAAUACGAGCCCUUCCAUCGAUGGGUUUCCGGUGUUUUGAAACCCUUAGCACAUUACAACACUCGCUGUAGUACAUCAGUAUCCGUUGCAGAGUUUGAGGGUCUUUCUCAUGCCAAGGUUUUAGGGCUUUUCUGGGAUUCCCUUGAAGGCUGUUCUAAUCAAAGUGGUACAGGCGGUCUCCCAGCUUCGAGGGCAGUUUUGACGUAUGAAAUAUUACCGUUCGUUAAUUACACUAGCUGCUAUGAGGACUUUUUGAAAGUUGUUUUCAAUCAGGACGUCUUCUCUUUUGACACUCUCCUCAACUACAAUAUCUUCAAAACCAUUGCAUUAGAGACCCCAGUAAGUCUUCCCAAUCAUUUCAGUGAAAAAUUUAGAGGGCGCGCACUCUUGAUAUUAUAUGAGAAUGCGUUUAAGCUGGAGGAGCUUGGCUUAAAAUCGUCUAGCGAACAUUUGGUCAUACUGUCUUCUAUGGAAGGCGAUAUCUCUCUCUUCAACCAGAUUGAUUUGCGCACCUUACGUUUUUAUUCCGAAAACAUGGACACACUGCAUAUUUCAAACCUAAAAGAUAUACACAAGCUUGCCAGCGAUACCGAGCUUGCGCAAAAAUCGUAUUUCUCUCUGAUGUGCAAAAGCUUGCUUCAAUCAGAUUCUUCCGGGGCUGUUUUAGAAAGAAUUGCCUCCUUUAUGCAUGACGACCUUAUUUUUAGCAAGCUAAGCCCAGGCGAGAAAGAGUUUAUCGUCGUGGAGUCGCUUCUUGGAUCCGGAAACUUCGAUGUGCUACAAGAAUUCAUGACAGAUUCAAAAAUAGCCAUCGACGAUAGUGUACUCCUAAGGUUCUUCUGGAGUUUUUUCAAUAACGCACCUAGCGGGAGCCAUAACACGCGGGAUAUAUUAAAUGCCAGAAAGGUAUUGACACUUCUUCCAAAAAAUCAAUACACCCAUCUCUCUGAUUUACUUGAUGUCGUCAAUUAUCUUUCUAAAUUUUCCCCCUACUUCUCGAAAGGGGUGCCAUUCAAACCCUCUAUACUUCUAGAAUUCAAGAACGAGCCGUUUGAUGUCAUAUCAAAACUUCUAGAACUCAACCCUCAACUAUGCCGCAAUUUAGAUGAAGUUUUUACGAUUCUAAAAAAGCUGUACUCGGGGCUUGAAAUCCAUGACGUAUCGCCAGAUUUUUAUGAUGAGUUCACGCGACUUCUUGUCCUUCAUAUUGACUUCGCCUUAGCAAACUUUGAUUUCGAGUUUGCAUACCAGAAAACUAAGCUACUUCUUACGCGGCGCAACUCCCAAAUUUUCUGGUCAACAGUUCUGCAAGUUGGUAAGUUUUUUGACCCCUCCUGGCCUGAUAGCGAAACACCAACAGAGAUCAUUUACUUACAGCUUGAGAUUUUGGGAAACCUUCUGCAUAUUUGUCCUGAGGACGAAAUAGAGGCGGUUGUGACACAAUGGAGUGGAUUGGAGUUGGAGCUCUCAACAAGGGACCUUGUUUCAGACCAAUAUUCCUUGGCCAACGAAAGAUCUGAGAAUGCGUUCAAAAGACAGAUGCUAGAAGAGGUUUCUAGCAGCGUAUCAAACUUUUUCUCAAGUGGGCUUAAAUGGGCCACUGGCGACGAUCAUUAA